AUGGCUCUAUCGAACACCAAAGUAUUAUCGAUUCUAAUCUAAGUGAUAUGGUUGUGUUUAAUUUCAUGGAUAAAAUCACGGUCGGUGGUCGAAUCGGUGAUGUUACUGUCAACUUCUGUACUCUACCUAUUAGUGAUCAACCAGAAAUCAAACUUUAUGUUCUUCAACCGAGACCCGAUGAUCCACGGGCAUUUACCGUUAUUGAAUGGCUCGACAGAGAUCAUUAUGUUGUUCCAGUAGAAAACUUAAAUCGAAUUCGAGAUUAUUCGCCAGUCGGGAAACAAAAUGGUGUGCAUACAAUCGCUACGAACACAGAUAUACCAGUAUUGGCAGGUCAGUAUUUGGCCAUUAGUUUUGGUUUCGGUGCCGGCAGUCCGUAUAGUGUCGAACGAAAUGAAUAUUCAGUGAAUAUCAAACAUUUUCAGACGGCAUUGAAACAGAAGAAAUCGGUAUUGUUUACCAAUUAUCCAAAUAAAGGAGCAGCGUUCAGUUUUAAUGUGGUACAAACAGACACUUAUGGCAAUCAGAUUCCGCCUGAGGCUGUUCGAAAUAGUAAUGCAAACAUGAUGGAACUGACGGUUCAGUAUCCGGGUAGUGAAAGUGUCAAAUCAUCUGAUAGACAUAGUCGACAGAGAAGAAGCAGCGGAUCUUUUGAAAUGACCAACAAGUUUCAAGAACGUGACAAUGUGCUACGUGAAUCGUCAAUUGCCGAAGAUUACUGGAAACAGAUUAUUGAAUCGAUCAAGAAAGGUGAACAAAAUGAACAACGUGAAGAUACGUGA